CAUGACAUUCAUGACCGAGUCUUUUCGUUUUCCGGUUCUCGUGUGAGAGAGAGCUAACAGCUGACAGCUACGUUACGAAUGUCUCGAGAGUCGGAGGAUGAGGUCAGGUGUCAUGUCUCUCAAGUUGAGACUCUGUACUUAUAUCCCAUGAUCCCACCACCGUCAGGAAUAAGAAACGAUGAUGAUCGCGCGCGGAGAGUUCAGAGUUUGGAGCGGAGCAGAAGAAACCGAAAGAUUAGUAACAGUGAGGGGGGUGUCCCCCAAGAUGACAGCCACUAAUUAAACAGUGAAUACUUAUCUUGAUUUGUUUAAUAAAUGUUUGGUGUCGCGUAUUCGACAAAGUGAAAACUAUUCAUACACAUACGAUUCAGGACGUAUAUGUGCGUGUGGACACGCGCGUCAAUAUUGAUUAAGUAUAAAGAUUAAUAAUAGAUGCGUGCGUGCAGGCAUAAUCCUUCCCAAACGAAGACGAAAGAAAAGAGUUGAAGAAGAAAAGUUGCAAGUAUGCUUGAAUGCUUGGAUGCAGAAAACAAUAUUUAUAACAAUGAGUAUGACGUCGAUCGAAAUUCAUCCUGAUCAUGAUUGUUCUAUUCCAGUAACGCUGAUGCUGCCAACGGAGCUGACGAGUGUGAAGUUGUUCCCAGGGUCUACAACAGCGGUAUGCGUUUCCUAACUUUGGAUAAGCACGAUGUAGUCGGGCUCGACGUCGAUGACGACGUCGAUGACGACGACGACCAUGCAAGUAGGUAGCCACAAACGUUGGCUAAUGAUAUUGGGCUGUCUUCUCGUGCCCUGCUUGGUGUUGAACUAUUUCAACUCUCCGUUGGAUGCUUCGGACGAAUUAAUCUUGCAGAACAGCAUUGCUGAGCUGCAAGUUAAGCUUGAUAACUUACAUGCCAAGUACAUAUCCUGCCAGGAAGCUAUCCAGCUGCUUACCUAUCAGGUGGGCCAUCUCACUGAUGUGGCGCACAUGCUUCCCGAUGUACAGAUCUUUCUCAACAAUUCCAAUUACAAUGUCAGCAACAUCAAGCUGCCCACAGCUUACAAUUUUCUCCCUCAUUUGCUAGGCCAUCAGAAUUCUCUGCGGCCAAAUCUUAUUCAUAGUAGAGGCAGGUCUGGCAUUAGCAUGAUCCUGGGAGUACCUCAUGUCAGGAGAGAAAAGCAAAAUUACUUGUUAUCUACUUUGAAAGAUCUUAUGGAUAACAUGAACCCUAUUGAGAUCGCAGAUACGCUUAUUGUUGUUUUUAUUGCUGAGACUGACAAUGAUUAUAUCACUUGGGUGUCAAACAAAAUAGUAGAACAGUUUCCCAAUGAGUUGGAGUCGGGAGUUAUCGAAGUGAUUUCGCCUCAUCCAUCGUAUUAUCCCAAUAUUUCCAAAUUGCGGGACACUUUAGGAGACGAUCAUCAGCGCGUAAUGUGGAGAUCAAAACAAAAUUUAGAUUUUGCAUUCCUCAUGUCAUAUGCUCAGACGAAAGGAACAUUUUACAUCCAGUUAGAAGAUGACAUAAGAGCUAAAAAGAAUUUUAUUAGUACAAUGAAAUCUUUUGCUUUACAAAAAGUCAGUAUGAAGCAAAACUGGCUUGUUCUUGAUUUUUGUGAAUUAGGUUUUAUUGGAAAGUUAUUCAAAUCAAUCGACUUACCGUGGUUAGUUCAAUUUUUUAUACUAUUUUACAACGACAAACCUGUUGACUGGCUGAUGGAUCACUUGAUAACUACAAAAAUUUGUGCUCUAGGAAUGGACGAUAAACGUUGUAAACAAGCUAAAGCUGGAUUAUGGUUGAAAUACAAAUCGUCUCUGUUUCAACAUGUCGGAGUUCAUUCUUCACUAAAAGGAAAAGUACAAAAAUUGAAGGAUAAAAAAUUUGGCUUGGUUCAGCUUUAUUACGCUCAUCGAAAUCCGGAAGCAAAAGUUGAAUCUCGAAUCACACCAGUUAAACAUAAUACGUUAUACAAGGCUUACAAAGGUGAUACGUUUUUUUGGGGUUAUUCACCAAAGUCAGGAGAUUAUCUUAGGUUUCAAUUUAUUCAUCCUGUUUUUAUAAAAAGAUAUCUGUUUCGGAGUGGAAAUGCUCAGUAUCCAUCAGAUAAGUUUUAUGACACAACUGUUGAAGUUUUACCACAAGCAAAAAAUUAUAUUGAUAAAAAUCAUAGUAAUGUUACAGAGGAUGGUUAUAUUAUUACGGGUAAAUUCGAUUCCUUUGGGAUCGCCAACGGAACUGUGGAUAAAACAUUAGGAAAAAUUUCUGUGCUUCGACUAACUGUACAUAGCAAAAGUGCCAAUUGGGUAAUUUUAUCUGAAAUAAAAAUUGAAGAAGACCUGUUGGACAAUAUUUGACAUCGCUUACAUCAUGGGUUGAGAUACGCUAAGUAUAUGUUAUACUUAGCUUCAUUUGUACAAACAUCUCAUACUUUUUAUUGUGCCUUUUAUAAGAGCCAACAAACCUUAAGCUUUUUAUAAUUAUGUGCCCUUGUACUUUACUGAGCGGCGUGUUUUACUUUGCUUAGCCAUGCAAAUCAUUUUUACUUAUUACACCUCUCAAGUGUACUAUACUUUUUAGUUGAUUUAAAAAAUCUACUUCAAACUGCAAGUCCUCUCAGUGUUAUAUGCAAACUACGGGAACAAUGCAAUUGGUCUGAAAGUCCAAUGAACCCUUAAAUUUUGUGAUAAUUAUAAAAAAUCUAUAUAGUAUAUGUGCAAAGAAUGCGCCUCAAAAUGUACUGUUUUAUUUAAUGUUUUUAAAUAUAUACAUAUAUAUACAUA